AUGACAGAAGACUCAAUUAAAGAUCUUGCAUUAUACAAACUUAAUGCUGAAACGUAUCAAGAGAAGUAUCACCAAACAGAGUAUGAGAAAGAAAAGUUUCGUGAAGAAGCACGUCUUUCUAAAAAUCAGCUAGAAUUAACAGAGAAAGCAUUGAAGGAUGCAAAUGAAAAAAAUAAAGUAUAUGAAGACAAAAUUAAAACUUUGGAGAGUAGUUUACACACAUAUGAAUUACUGAAACAUCGAAGUCAAGCCGCUGUCAUAGGACUGCAGAAGGUGGCUCGGGAAUCACAGGAUAAUGUAAUUCAGUUGGAGACACGUUUGCGAAAUUUGACAGUUAAUCAAAAUUCAGAGCAAGAACAACUCAGAAACAUGGUCAAGGAGUCUAAUGAAUUUCGGUUAGAAUUAGGACGUAGAAUUGGUUUAUCAGAUACAAAAGCAGAUUUCAAUGACCUUAUGGGAAAAAUUACCCAGCUUCUUGAUGAAGCAGCAUUAUUUGAAUUCAAGUAUAUACAAAGUGAAUCGAACCUAAAAAGGGCUAUUACUGAACUUGAUACACUGAAACAAAGUACACAAGGGAUGACUAAGAGAAGUGAAGAUUACCUGCAAGAAAGAAAAGUACAAAGUGAAAAAAUCAAUUUGCUUGAAGCGAAAAAUGAAGACUUACUGUCUCAGUUGACACUGCUAAAAAACAUGUCACAAGCUAAGGAGACCAUCAUUAAAGAUUUACAGAAGCAAUUAGAAGAGUUAGGAGAUACUAAAAAAUCCAUUGAAGAGAAAAGUAAACAAACCACAUUCAAGUUACAAAUUGAAAGUGCACAAAUGAAGGCAUUACUAACAUCACUUGCUGCAUCUUUGUCAACUAUUGACAAACCAUGUGAACCGACUGAAAUUGGGGUUAAAGAGUCUGUGGCAAGGUGUUUAGAUCAAAUUGCACAAAUGCGUGAGGCUGGAAAUAAUUUUCAAAAUAAAGUUCUCGAGCUUCAAAAUCAAUUCGAAGCACAACAUAAAGCUGGCUUGGCAGUAAAUGCAGAAUUGAAACAGGCAAGAGAACGAGUACAACAAGCAGAAACAGACUGUGCUCAAAUGCAGUCUGAGUUAACAGGACUUCGUCUUUUACAUAAGCAGGAUCAAACUUUUAAAGAGAAUGUGACGUCACUGAUGAUUCAACUGUGUGAAUAUUUGGGAAUACAAAUAAAGCAUGAAGAAGUAACUCCGAGCGAAAUGAUUUCAGCUUGUCUAGAUCGUAUAGAACAUUUGUUGAACCGAGGAUGCUUACCAUGGGUAUGCGUUCAGUCAAGCGAAAUUCGUGAUCAUCAUCACUUCACAAAUCAUGAACCGCCUAUUCCUCACCAACACUGUCUCCCUAAAUUUAAUAAUACCAGUAAAUGCCUACAUGAUAUAGAUCACCAUCAAUCCUAUUUACCUAGUCGGAUAGAAGAAUAUGAAUGUGAUCAUAAACAAGUUGAAUACCUGAUUGAGGAAGUAAUUAGACACAAAGGUGAUUUAUCAUUUGAAGACUGGCAGUCGAUUGAGAAUUUGUGUAAAUCAUGUAGUGGGAAAUUGAUGAAAAUCUUCUGUAAUCAGCUAAGUGAAUUAUUUGGACAAAUUUCGGAGAUGCAUAAGACAAAUAUACCAAAUCCAAAUUGUAGUGAUCAUAUAUUGGCUAAACUGCAACAAGAACUUGAAGCUAAGGAAUUAGAAUUGAGUAAUGCUAAAAGCAAUUUCGAAUCAGUGAAGGAGGAUAAAGACAAACAGAUUGAUGAUCUUAACAAAACAAUAGUCAAAUUGAAUACUUCUUCGAAAAUUCAAACACAAAGAUUAGAGAAACUUCAAAAGUUAGUUGAACAUCAAAAUUCGAAAUCACAAAGUAAACAAGAAGCUUUUAAAAUGGCAAAAAGUCUUUUGGUCGAUGCACAUAACAAAAAGAAAACCUUGGGUACAUUUCGAGAUCUAGUCGGUCGGAUGCUUGAUGUGGAUACACGGUUUACUCCGAAUCCUGACAUGAUUAUAUUUCAGAGAAUACAACAACUUCUAGACUUUGCAGUUUCUAAUCGAAUGUCAUCCCUUCGAACAGAUACAACCACAUCAUUCAUGAACAACAACAGCAGUACCUUCUAUCCAGUCCUGAAUUCACUGACAUCACCCAACUGUCAGCUGAAUUCUACAACAAACUUAGCUCUACCACUUUGGGAACAGACUUAUGAAGAUCGCCCAAACCUACAACUGAAAUCUCAGGGAAAACCAAGGCCUUCGGUUUCAAAUGGAACGACUAGAGUCCAGAAUGAGAAAAAACCAGCACAUUCUCAAAUCCCACAAGAUGACCAACAGAAAAAACCUGACAAGUGUGUGCCAAAUACACGAAGAAAAUCAAUUGAGUCUAGGAUACAAAAGGAUGACAGACAGUACUAA